AUGUCAAUGCCAGUGAGUCAAGAGUUGGCUAAAAUGUUUGAGGCCAUUGAUACCAACUUCAAUGGCUACAUCACAAGGGAUGAACUGGAAGAUUAUGCCAAAAAGACCGGUCAGCCUGAAUCCAUGGUCGAUGACUGGUUUAAAUGGUUUGAUUUUGGAAAUACCGGAAAAAUUACCUAUGAGGAUAUGUGUGAGACCUUGGCGAUUGGAAUGACUAAAUCCUACUCAGAAAAGGUGGAGAAGAAACGUGAAAUGAUUCAGAAAGGAAAAAUUGCCCCACCAAAAGAUAUGCCCAAGGAAUAUGCAGCACCCCAACCCAAACCAGGAUGGUUGGAAGGGGUCACUUUGCUUUACACAGGUCGGUCGGAGGAGGGUCUCCUGGAAUAUGUUGUUAGUGUGGUGAAGAGUGCCAACAUGCAGGAUUUUGACAAGGAGUCUAGUUUUGCUCGUUACCUAAAGGAGACAAUGGAAAAGAAAUGGGGUCGUCAUUGGCAGGUUAUUGUGAGCCAAUCUACCUUCGGUUGUGCUAGCUGGUUUAGGUGGUUUGACUUGGAUAAUAAGGGUGUAAUUGAGGCGGAGGACAUUUGCGCCACCCUUGGGAUACCGAUGCGUGAACCAUACGCCCAACGUGUAAAGGCUAAUCGAGAAAGGAGAAGAAAGACGUCCUUACCAAUGUCGGAUUCGCGCUCCAAAAGGCUCAUCGAUUCGGCCAGACAUUCAAGCCUGAGUAGCAAGUCGAGCAGUUCAAAAGAAGUAGCCAAUCGACAACGCGGUUCCACUACCUCGUCUAGUUCCAACGAGGCAAAGGUUGACAAAGCAGGCAAAAUCUCACCUGAUCGACGGGUAGACAGUCAGAAAUCGCUGUCUGACGGAAGCUCUCAAAGUGGGCCCAUCAAGGAGGUGACUGCACCAGUGGAGGCCAGUGCACCUCGAUUUGCUGGAGCAAAGUACAACGAUACGCAAAGCGUAGAGUCUAGUGGUAGUAGCAGUAAUAGUAGUUCCAGUCUCCGAGACAGUUUCGAAAUUCUCCACGAGGAAGCGGUGGAUGAAGAGCUGUUGAAAGAUGUGAUGAAAAUUGUCAAGGCUAAUGAGGAUAAAGUUAAAGAGGAAAAGGAUAUGGCUAAAUUAUUGAAAGAUGGUGUAGAAAAGAGACAUGGCAAACACUGGCAAGCUAUUGUUGCUUAUACAAAUCUGGGAUGCAAUGUUGAACAUGAGGUUAAAACAUUUGUUUAUUUGCGAAAAAAUAAUCGCAUAUUCAUUCUCUUCCGCACACCCAUAGCUGAGUAG